GAGGAGGCAUUUGUCUGGAGUGCCAUUCAGACCAAUGACAGCAGCAUGUGGGCGUGUGUUGAGAGUGUGUGAGGUGCUUUUUGAGUUUAGUAAAUGACUGCAGCAAGAAAUACUGUGCGGCUGAGGGGCUUAUGAGCGAUGGAACAGGCUCUGUGUGCCGAUAUAUCAACGUUUGGGCUUUUCUGACGAGGAUUCAAGAAAAACGUUGAAACACAAAAUGAGCAGCGUCUCCUAACUGGACCAGACAAUGGAAGUAGCUUCAUGCAGCACUAACAAUUCACCCCUGGGAAACAAGUACGUACUAAAUCAGACUACCUCAGCCAGAGGUAGCUAAAACUAACGCGGCACAUAUCUUCAUUGGGAUGCGUGUAAAAAGGAGCGUGGAGGAAAAGAGCAGACGCGUAUGUAUAUUUCCCCAAUGACUUUGGAGACAUUCCGGCGCUCUGAGGAGAUAUAGUGCAUAGUUUCGGUUGUUUUGAAUGUUUGCGAUGGAGCGUCUUUGAAUAUUUUUGCAUCUGAUGCUGCUAUGGAUCGUCCGGAAUGAACAUCUGAAUUUAUCUCAUCGAGUUUUUUUUCACAGCGCUGUUUCUUCCACCUGCAAUUCCGCGCAACCCGCGUGAAACAGGAGCUCCGCUUCACCUACACAGCCUCUGUCGGGAAAAUGACCGGCUCGUCUGCAUGCUCUUGAGAUUUGUUUGGCCUUUUUGGGAAUCUGAAACAAGCAAAGGACGAAUUGUUCACCUCGGAAGUGAGAGAAGAAGGAAUUGUAGGGUGCACUGAGCUGUAGCUAACUACAUCCACUCAUCUCCAACCUGACACAAUGUUCGCACUCGGGAUUUAUUUGUGGGAAACUAUUGUAUUUUUCAGUUUGGCAGCGUCCCAACAAGCAGCGGCUCGGAAAGCUGCCUCCCCAAUGCCUCCAUCAGAAUUCCUGGACAAGCUUAUGGGAAAAGUGUCUGGUUAUGAUGCAAGAAUCAGACCUAAUUUCAAAGACCCACAAGGCUCCAAAUCGGAUGGUACUCACAAGAAAGGUCCACCUGUGAACGUAACAUGCAACAUUUUUAUUAACAGUUUUGGAUCCAUUGCUGAAACAACAAUGGAUUACAGAGUGAACAUUUUCCUGAGACAGCAGUGGAAUGACCCUCGGCUGGCCUACAGCGAAUAUCCCGAUGACUCCCUUGACCUUGAUCCCUCCAUGUUGGACUCCAUUUGGAAACCCGAUCUGUUCUUUGCCAAUGAAAAGGGAGCCAAUUUCCACGAGGUUACUACUGACAACAAGCUUUUGAGGAUCUCCAAAAACGGGAAUGUUUUGUACAGUAUAAGAAUAACACUGAUUCUGGCCUGCCCCAUGGACCUGAAGAAUUUCCCUAUGGAUGUGCAGACCUGUAUAAUGCAGCUGGAGAGCUUUGGCUACACGAUGAACGAUCUUAUAUUCGAGUGGGACGAGAAGGGAGCCGUGCAGGUAGCAGACGGACUGACUUUACCUCAGUUUAUAUUGAAGGAAGAGAAGGAUCUGCGCUACUGCACCAAGCACUACAACACCGGGAAGUUCACCUGCAUAGAGGCUCGUUUCCACCUGGAGAGACAGAUGGGCUAUUAUCUGAUCCAGAUGUACAUUCCCAGUCUCCUGAUCGUCAUUUUGUCUUGGGUGUCCUUCUGGAUCAACAUGGACGCUGCCCCUGCCCGUGUAGGCUUGGGCAUCACUACUGUGCUGACCAUGACCACCCAGAGCUCAGGAUCUAGAGCUUCUCUUCCUAAGGUCUCGUAUGUGAAAGCCAUUGACAUUUGGAUGGCAGUGUGCCUUCUCUUUGUCUUCUCUGCUCUGCUGGAGUAUGCGGCCGUCAACUUCAUUGCACGCCAACACAAGGAGCUGCUGCGCUUCCAGAGGAGGAGAAGGCAUCUUAAGGAGGACGAGGCGGGAGACGGCCGGUUCAGCUUUGCCGCCUACGGCAUGGGUCCGGCGUGCCUCCAGGCCAAAGACGGCAUGGCCAUCAAGGGCAACAACAACAACGCGCCCACCUCCGCCAACCCCCCUGAGAAGACCGUGGAGGAAAUGCGCAAGCUCUUCAUCAGCCGCGCCAAACGGAUCGACACGGUGUCACGCGUGGCCUUUCCGCUGGUCUUCCUCAUUUUUAACAUUUUCUACUGGAUCAUUUACAAGAUCAUCCGCAGCGAGGAUAUUCACAAGCAGUAAAGAGAUGCGAAUCCAGCCGCCUCCACGCCCCUCCCCACGUCCCACCGUGCCCGCCUUCCUCUCACUGCAGUGCUCUCACUCGCUUACGGUGAUGACGAGUCCCCGGCAGAGGUAUUUAUUCCUUUUUUCAUCUCUUUCUCUCCUGUCCUCCUGAAUAAUCCGGACCUGUGCAAUAGCAAUGCAGUAAAAUGCAUGAUAUAUGAAUGUGGCAAUAUAUUUACUAAAAAAAUGAAAAUGACUAAAAGUAAAUAUUCAACUUAAGAACUUCUGAACUGAUGACUGGGAAUCCAAGAGGAAAACUUGUAAAACUUUUUUUUGCAACUUGAAGACGUACUGCAUUGCGAGAAUACGGAAAAACAUUACUGCUGUAAUAUAUCGUAUAUUUAAAGAUAAUACUUCAGUCAUUGAAAAUGAAACAUUUUUGGGCGUCUCGAGGCAGUUUGGGGCUUCCAUGAAUACACAAUGAAAGUGUUGCAGGUCCCAGAGACCGAGAUUUGCUUUGGUACAUGUGUCCUGGGGUCUCACGAUGUUUCAUUCUGAUAUCGAUUAUUAAUGGAUCUUGAUGAGUGCCAGUGAAAAAAAAAAAUAAUUUAUUCAAGCUAUGAUCAAUGUGUUCCUCUAUCUGUGCUCAUUUUCAGGUUUUUCGUUUUGUUUAAAACAUCAGAUUAUGUUCUGCUCAUGUGCCAAACAUCAUCCUUUAAGUUGACCAAAAAAUUACUUCAUAAUUUAAUUUAUUUAGUCAUGUGUUCACCUUUGGGUAUAUAAGCUAAAUAAACUAAGGCUAAAAUAAAAAAAUAAAAAAAUUUAAUUAAAUAUUAGUAUAAUUAAAAUAAAAUAUACUUUUAACUCUUUGCAUUGCUUGGUUUUGGCAUUUUCAUCAUUUCAGAAUAUGUCAGAAACGGGCAGAAAGAACAGCAAAGGGAUCUUUCAUAACUCAUGUUUCAUACAUACAGUGUUAUUUUUCUAAACGUGGUUUAGCCAUACAACCAGUGCCAUGAUAAUAGAUCUAUAUUUCCAACCAAAUGUAUAUUACAGUGAUUUUUCAGUCUAUAUGUAUAAACACUGCAUUGUGCAACAGAAUAAACAAUGCACAAAGGUUUAGUUUAUGAUGCAUCUUCAUCUGGCUUCUCUAUGCAAUAAUCGGAUAUGCAAUUAUUUUAAGUGUUCAUCAUGUUGAAUAUGGCCAUUUUAUUCUGAAGGCCCCCCCCCCCUCCUCAAAAAAAUGCUAUUUCAUACAUGUACAAUUUUCUCUUCCAGUCAUGCUCAUUUGCUGUCUAUGCAUGGCUAGGGGUUUUUUUUGUGGCGCAGAUGAUAUAGAUGUCAUUUUUCACUUUUGUAAUGUUUUGUUUGACUGCCGAACUGAAGAGAAACACCAUUAUAUAAAGUGAGCAUGUGUCAGGCUGCGUGAUAGAUGCUCUGUGCAGGAUAUGCAAGAUUUUGCCAUGCGUUACAUACUUUUUUUGUGUGUGUGUGUGUGUGUGUUUAACACUUUGUUUAUUUAAAACCAAAGAGCAGUUUUGUUACUCUGUUGUCAUUGCCUUUCAGGUUUUCAAAUUUGACCCUUUUUUGUCUUCAUUUCAUCCAGUUUGAUGUGACAUUGACCAAUUUUGUAAGGCCUGUAACAUUUGUAAUUGAUUCUGUUUUUCACACACGUAUUCAAGAAAAAUAUGUCUUUAUACACUGCAGCUAGUUAGACAUUUUGUGACGGUAAAAUAUUACCAAGAAAUACAAACUUCCAUUUUGGUCUAAAUAAUGGUAUCAUGUUUUGAUGUAUAUGUAUAAUUUUGGUUAAGAGUGAAGCUUGAGUGAAGUUAAUAGUUAAUUGAUGGCACAUUUUAUUUAUUUAUUUAUUUAAUAAUUAUUUAUUUGUUCAAUUUUUAUUUUCAAAUUUAAAAAAAAAAAAAUAUAUAUAUAUAUAUAUUCAAAUUUUAUUUUUAAAAAUAAAUGAUUUAUUAAUUUAAUCAUUUAAAUGACCAGGCACCAUGGUAAAUUUGAAGGGCUAUUUUUGAUUAUUAAUGUCAAAUCUUCUCCCUCAAAUGAAUUGGCUUGUGAUGCAGUGCUCUGAAAACUGGUUUACACCUCACCAAUGAAGACACUGGAUCACACCACCUAUUAGACCUCGCUGUAAGCAGAAACUGAAUUCUACUCCGGUUGCUCACCAGAAAUUCAAGGAGGAAGAACAUUGUAAUGUGAAACGCUAUCCACACGCUUACCUCCACGGGCAGCACAAUGUAGCAGGAACACAUUUCACACAUCAUUUGAAUGUUCACACAUGAUGAAUUGUGCUGAAAGGAGUGUUCACGAGCGGAUCUGUAACAUUGCAAACAAUAUUAAUCAUUGUUAUUUCAAAUAGUCACCAAACUAGUCAUUCUUCCAGCGGGUUACACUUCAUCUGUGAGACUGAUAGAGGCACACGAUGUAUAAUAUACAUCACAGUGUACAGCGUGGAAAGUGAUAAAGUUGCUUUAUACACUUGAUGUGCUCAUUCUCAACUCAAAUAUGUAGUCAAAAACACAUUUAGAGAACAUUUGUAGAAAUAUGUUCAGCUUCAUGUUGCUGUUAAUGACCGAUUUCUUUAUUAUGAACCCUGCUUAAGGCUACUCACGACGUCGCUGGACUGUCCCGUGUGUAAAUGACAGCAGUGACGCCCCGGGCCCUCACACACUCCACAUGCUAAACGCAAUAUACAAGACAACUUAUAACAAAUAAUAAUACUGGCUCGGGAACACAAGGACAAUGUGAUGUGAAAUAUGUGCUAUAUGCAAAUACGAUUUGUUCUUUGGCUUAAUAAUCAUGAAAAUAUCAAUUUAAUGUCCUUAUGGUUUUAGAAUCUUAAUUUGAGGCAUGAUUUUUUUUUUUUUUUUUAAGCAUUCACUUGUUCUUUUGUUAUUUUGAUUCAUUAUUUUAUAGCAACUGCCCAGGAAAUGUUGAUCUCUGAGUGACGACGGACAUGGUGAUCAUAUGUAACUUGUACGCAAAACUGUGGGUACAUUUUUAUUUUUGCACAAGUUGGUAUGGCCUUAAAUUUUGGGUUUAUUUGCUUCUAUUGUGUAUUGGCACAAAGUGCAUCUCUUCAUUCGCUUCUCGUCAUAAUCCGAGUGCACUUCCAAGCAGUGAAAAGAACAGCAAAUUCUUAUUUUUAUGUUCCAAUAUUAAAACAUGGAAUUUUGCAUGAAUAGAAUUAAAUGGCAGAUAUUUUUGGCUUGUACAGAAAUGUGAGCAAUUUGAAGAAAAAAGGAAUGUACCAUUUCUGCUAUAUCUGUAUAUAACACAAUAUUUAUUGAAAUAUGUCAUAAUGCUAAAUCUAAUUCUACUAUUAAAGGUUUUCUGAACUAAAACAUC